AUGGCUGGAGGACAGCCCAGCCCCCGCGGCAGCAUGCGCUUCGCUCCCAUCCCCGGCGCGCAGCCAAGGGCGACCUCGUCUGCUCGCGACGGCAAGAAGCCCUCCGAGGAGGCAUCCGAGACCGCCGUCUCCACCACCGUCUCUAAGGCCAGCGAGGGUGAGACUCAGGAAGAUGUCGAGAUGUCUGACGGUAGCGACGAUAGUGACAAUAGUGAUUACGCCGAGAGCGAUCCGCAGACCCCCGUUCCUGCCCAGAAGAAGACCAAGCGCAAGCGAAAGCGCAACGAAGCCGCCGAGGCCAGGAAGAGAGCCGUCACGCCCGACACCGUCGACUCGGGUGCAACCAACACCGACCCCUUCUUCGACGGCCAGACUCCCUCUGACGUUGACGACUCCACCGUUCCCUUGGACUACAACCUGUCCCAGCCCCGAGUCAGCUCUACUCCGAACAGAGAGCGAUCAGGAAGCCCCGAUGGCCCUCCUGACACCCCGACCAAGUCUGCUUCCAAGCGUCGCUGUGUUCAGCCAGCCAUUCGCCCUCCUCCUCGUCCUGUCCUCCCGACAAGCGCUGAGGCUGGCCACAAGGUCAAGACUCUGAGAAAACAGCUCAAGUCACUGCAUGAAGAGGAGGCGAGCGGCAUGAAGCUGUUCGAGGAGACCAUCGACGAGAACAAUGCCACUCCCGACUUUCUUGACGCCGCUGUCGAUGCUUGUCGUACCCGUCUGCAGAAGGCCGUUCGCAACCGCAAGGUUCCCCUGCCCGCCGGAGCCGACAACACUCGUGAGCAGGCUCUCUUGGCAGACGCCGAUUCGGACGUUCCUCCGUCGCCGCCCCAGGAACUCCUCGAGAUUGACUACGGCCCGUACCCUGAGAUCUUUGGCUUCGACACGCCCAACCCACCCAAGAAGCUGUACUCUGAAGAGGAGAUUGCCGAUCUGGUCAGGGCGCUCGACAAGGCAUACAAGGAGAGGCAGGAGUUCUACAACCAACAGCAGAUUCUCUUCGCCCGCAUGGAGAAGGUUCGGGAGCAGUUCCACAGAGUCUACCAGGAGCUGGAGAAGGCCAAGGUUGAGGAGGCCGAGGCCCUGCUGCGGGAGGCACGGGACGGUAGUCUCAGCGGCAGCGCCACCGCCAGCCCUGGCACGAUCCACUCUUCGGGCGGCAGAGGACGGCUGCCGGGCGGAAGACCCCUGCACAAGCCGUCUCCGUCGAUGAACAGAAUUCGGCAAUCUCUUAGCGCCGCGGAGUUGAGGUCGAUUACGCAAGAGCGUCCGCAGCCUCGAGCUGUCUCUCCAGGUGCCAUUCCCCUGGGAUCUCCGCCCCGAGGAUACAAUCCCCGCGCAGCCCCGAAAUCCACCGAUCCCCUUGGAACGACACCUUAUGUCCCUUACAGGUCUUUUGAGCAGAAGGCUGAGGAGAUUAUAAAGAAGAGACGUGGAUGA